CCCAGAGUUGUGAGGGCGCGCCUGGAAGGCUAUGUGGUGACAUAGGGGUGCACGCUGGAUGAUGAGAGCUUGCUGACGUGGCAAUUUAAGCCGAGGUGGAACUGCAUUGCAUUGUGGGUUGUACCGAGGCAUCGACUGGUCAUCAUAGGUUACUGGUGAGAAAUAUGUGGUUGGGGGCAACAUUAUGAGGUACGUUGUUUCUUACCAUGAGGAAUCCAAUGACUCUGUCCUUUACGCUGUUCCAGAUCCGGAACUUCUCGCUGUCGCAUAUCCAGAACCGAUUCUGGAAGUGGUUCCUAUUCCAGAUCUGGUUCUGUUUCCCGUUACAGAUCCGAGCAGCUCUGGAACUUCCUGUCCCAGAUCUGGACCAGCUGCAGAUCCAGAAACGGUUCUGGAACUGGUCGCUGUUCCAGAUCUCGAGCGAGUUCUGGAACUUCCUAUUCCAGAUAUGGAUCUGCUGCAGAUCCAUAAACUGUUCUGGAACUCGUUCCUGUCCCAGAUGUGGAACUAUUUGUUGUUGGAGAUCCUCAACUGAUCAGUAGCGAGCUCUGGAACUUCCUGUCCCAGAUCUGGACGAGCUGCAGAUCCAGAAACGGUUCUGGAACUGGUUGUUGUUCCAGAUCUGGAGCGAGUUCUGGAACUUCCUAUUCUAGAUGUGGAGCAGUUGCAGAUCCAGAAACGGUUCUGGAACUCGUUCCUGUUCCAGAUGUGGAAAUAUUUGCUGUCAGAGAUCCUGAACUGGUCCUGGAACAACAACGAGUUCCAGAUCCGGAACAGGAAACAGUUCCAGAUGUGGAACGUGUUGCUCUCCACUUCCCGUUGCUGCUCUGGUUUUCGUCUUCUUCUUCUUGUUCUUCUUCUUCUUCUUCUUCUUCCCUGCAUCAUGGCAUCGUCUAGUCGUGCAAAUGGCCGGGCUGAGAAGGGAAAGGGGGCAAAGGCCAAGAGUAGUGCACCGCCCAUUCAGCCCCCUUUUGAACCACAAACGGAGGAGAAGCAAAGGGAACUGCAGAAUGAAUCCCUCGUUUACCGAUGGAUAGAGAGGGGGCAGCCGGCCGAGGCGAAGGGCUACGACCAGUACUGGGUUCGAUGCAGACUGUGCAACAAGCAGUUUACUGCAUGGAAGAAUCCGGCGAUGGAUUGCUUCUUGAAGAAGGGGAAGCCAUGCCCGUACCGCAUUGGCGAGAUAUUGCACGAGCUCGCUUUGCAAGGGGCAAAUAUAGUCGGGGAGGCCUCCACGAAGAUGCUGUUUCAGUACAAGACACAAAAAGGAAUCGUGGAGGACACUGGAAUGGAGCCUGCUGGAGGAGACGAAGAUGAGAUUGCUGAGUUGGAGGAGCAUCUUCGUUCGCCACCAGCGCCAAGGAGAGAGUCGAGUGCAGUGCAAGAGGCACGUCAAGGGACCGUGUUGGACGCAACAGACAACGGACAAGCGUCUGCACCGGUGGGAAAGUCCGGCGAAGGCUCAUCCACUCCAGCAAAGCUUUCAAGGCAAGUCUCGAUCCGGCGGUGGGCGGAAAACACCGCACAAACGAGAUUGGACGCGCAGUGGGGGAGGGCAUUGUUUCGAUCGAGAGUCCCCUUCAACUUCUUGCGAGUCGAUGAGACACGGGCAUUGCACAACCUGUACAUGGAGCUCGGAGCCACAAAGGCAGUUCUGGACAUGCCAUCUUCAAAGACCAUCCUGGCAGUGGUUCUGAACCUGGUCUACGGCCAAGUGCAGAAAGCAGUGCAGCCAAUCAUUGAUAAAUGGGACAUCAGUGGAUGCACGCUGAUCACCGACGGGACAACGGACAGGAAGUGGAGGCCCGUGAUCAACUUCAUUGGCGCAGGGGAAGGUGGGGCUGUUCUUCUCAGGGUGGUGGACACGCAGCACAGGAAAGCGACCGCCACAGCAAUUGCAAAAUUGUGGGAAGAGGUCAUCAGAGAAAUUGGGGUGCACAGAGUCAACGCGAUCUGCACCGACAACGCUGGAGUUAACAAGCGGGCUGCCCGGAUUCUAGCGAGGCGGAGUGAUCCAAACAUUGCUAAAAUUUCAUGGCUGCCUCGCGCUGCGCACACUCUCAGUCUGCUGAUGAAAGGGAUUGCAAAUCUGCAAUGGGUGGCGAAGCAUGUGAAGAGGGCGAAAAUGAUGGUGAGGUUCAUCAAGGACCACCAUCGUACAGUUGCCCUUUAUGCGAGGUGCUCGCUAGAGGAGACAAAGGCACUCAUCAUGCCAACGGAGGUCCGUUUCGCAUCGACGUACCAAAUGUUGGAGCGGUUGCAUGAUAGGCAGUGGGUCCUUGAUGAAAUGAUGGACAAAGGGUGGAGGGAAAUCCACUGGAGCACAAGGAAGUUAAGAAAAAAGGCUGACAGGAUCUAUCUGACCGUUAGGUCAAAUGAGUGGUGGGAAGAAGUGGAGCGGAUUGUAAAGGUUAUGAGGCCGGUGAACGAGCUCCUAAGAAGGAUGGAUAGUGAUGGUUUGGCGCCCUCACAGUUGUGGGGUUUUGAUGAGAUGCUUCACGGCCGCUUGAGGAGCAUUGGUGGCCUUACGGUGGAGCAGCAAGAGGACAUAAUGAGAGUCGUCGUUGAUCGAUGCAGGAUGAUGCGCUGUUAUAUGCCCAGUUGGGCGAUGUACAUAGAAAACCGAGGAUCCGCAAUGUGAUAAAAAGGACUGAAUGGACAAUGCAGUGCAAGUAGAAUGUCAACAAGCAAUGUGCAUUCUAAUACAUACAAAAUGGUGCUGAAUAGC